AGGGUUCGUAUAGCGGGGUUCGGUGUGUCCGGUCCGGGGCGCUGUUGGGCUGGUUUUACGGUUCGAGCCUGCUCUUUGGAGGCAGAUUCUCUCUUUCAUUACUUUCUCCCCUGAUCCGCAGUGUUUGUUGAGCGUCUGCCCGACUGGACCUGCUUCAUCAUGGCCGUCUGAAUUCAGAUCUGAAUCCCAGUCUGAUACCCUUUUCUUAAUCAUCAACCCCGUUCGCUCUGGGAAUCAUUUCUUUGGGAUUUUACUUAAUUUGUGCCAAUGUUUAAACAUGCAGCCUCCGCCAAGAAAGGUAAAAGUGACACAGGAAUUGAAGAACACACAUACGGAGCAGCUUGGCCGCCUGCAUCUUAAACACCAGACAGAAUGUGAUUUAUUGGAAGAUAUGAGAACUUACAGCCAGAAAAAGGCCACUCUGGAGAGAGAUUAUGCACAGGCCCUGCAGAAGUUGGCGAGUCAAUAUUUAAAGAGGGACUGGCCUGGGAUCAAACCAGAUGACCAGAGGACAGACUACAGGAAUGUUUAUGGAGUUUGGAGAGCUUAUCUUGAAGGCACCGUGCAGGUGACCCAGUCUCGCCUCAAUGUUUGCGAGAACUACAAGAACGAGAUUUCGGACCCUGCCAAGACUGUACGCCUCUACAAAGAACAACAGCUGAAAAAGUGCAUUGAGCAGCUGGGUCGGAUCCAGGCCGAGCUCCAGGAUUCAGUGAAGGAUCUGGCCAAGUCCAAAAAGAAAUACUUUGAGUUGGAGCAGAUGGCCCAGGCUGUGCGGGAAAAGGCUGACAUCGAGUCCAAGUCAAAGCUGGGCCUGUUCCAGUCUAGGAUAAGUUUACAGAAGGCCAGUGUAAAGUUGAAAGCAAAAAGGAGCGAUUGCAACUCCAAAGCGACCCACGCAAGGAACGAAUAUCUUCUCACGCUAGCGGCGGCUAAUGCACACCAUGACCGCUACUACCAGACCGACCUGGUCAAUUGCAUCAAGGGUCUGGAGGGGAACGUAUACGACCAUGUGAAGGAUUAUCUGAUAUCCUUUUGUCGGACCGAGUUGGAAGCGUUUCAAGCCAUCCACAGCACCUUCCAGUUCCUCCUGGAGAAGUCCAGUCGAGUGAUGCAGGAUUUCAACCAGCAGUUGUUCCUGCAGGAGAACCCUGUGUUUCACAAAGCACAAGACUUCCAGUUCCAGCCCAGUGACAGCGAUACAACUCUGAGUUCCGUGCAGCAGUUGGUGGACAUUGAGCCAUCGGCGGUCAGUGUGAUGAGAAUGACUCUGGCGCAGAGUCGACAGCUGGAAUCAGAGACGGGAACCACUGAGGAACACAGUCUCAACAAAGAGGCAAGGAAAUGGGCCACACGUGUGGCCCGCGAACACAAAAACAUCAUCCAUUACAAACGGGCUCUAGAGGAAUGUGAGACACUCGGGACUCCGCCCACGGAACAGAGCCGGAUCGAGCUGGAAUUCCGAAUAGAGGAGGCCAAGGAGAACAUCCGCAAAGCAGAGACGAUAAAGCUGAAAGCAGAAGCACGUUUGGACCUUCUGCGGCAGGUGGGCGUUUCUGUGGAUACGUGGUUGAAGAGCGCCAUGAACCAGGUGAUGGAAGAGCUGGAGAACGAGCGCUGGGCGUCGCUACCCACCCUAACUACCCAUGACCUCUCUCUCUCGACCACAGUGGAUUUGGACAGAGAGGAAGGAGAAGAAUUAGAAGAGAACAUGGAGACGUACGACGACAGCAGCUCAAGUCCUUCAGGAACCCUGAGGAACUACCCGCUCACCUGCAAGGUGCUCUACUCGUACAAGGCCUCUCAGCCUGAUGAACUAACGAUCGAUGAGCAUGAGAUGUUGGAGGUUAUAGAAGAUGGGGACAUGGAGGACUGGGUGAAGGCGCGGAAUAAGUCCGGCCAUGUGGGCUACGUUCCAGAGAAGUACCUGCAGUUCCCCACGUCCAACAGCGUACUGAGCAUGCUCCAGUCCCUCGCUGCUCUGGACGCACGUUCACACUCUUCCAGCAACUCCACCGAGCCUGAGCUGGCAUCAGGCAGCUUCAACGGAGACAGCAGCAUGAGUUUUGUUAAGGCCAUGUAUGACUACGAGGGUCAGACGGAUGACGAGCUGUCAUUCCCUGAGGGAGCCAUCAUCCGCAUCCUCAACAAGGACAACCAGGAGGACGACGGCUUCUGGGAGGGAGAGUUUAACGGUCGAGUGGGCGUCUUUCCUUCCGUGCUGGUGGAGGACCUGACAGCCUCAGAAAAUGGAGACACUCACUGGGGAACAGACACACAGGUGUCCCCGUGCCAAAGGCUUCAUUCAUCACUUCCUCCUCUGCCACUGUACGACCAGCCGCCCUGCAGUCCGUACACGAGCCCGGAGACCAGCAGCGCUCUCUCGCUGCCCCGCUCACCAUCUGUCAACGGAGAACACAAACUGCCCAUCCCACAGAAAGCCGCUGUUCAUAAUCACAAUUCCAGCUUAAGUCCAGAGAGUCCAGGCUUCUCUCAGCCGCUGAGACUCACUCCAGACGGAUCCGGACCUGGAAAACUCAGACCUGUUCGGGCGGCACCACCUCCUCCAAAGCAGCACGCUCGCAGACAGGUGGAGAAAACCGAAGAAGUGGAGAUCACGCUUGUGUAGAGCGCCGCCCUAGUGGACUGACAACAAACCCCAUCUGACCUCUGACCCACUCCUUAUGGAAGGGGCGGGGUGUGCGUUAACCUGCCCUAUGAGCAUCCUUAAAUCCCUGAGUGGGCGGAGAACUGCGUCUCAAAGACAUCGCCACCCUUUUUCAUAAAAAACAAACACCUCUUUUGGCGUCACGGACUGUUUGGUGCCUUAAACCGCUUUCAUGCCAAACUCUAAUCCUUGUAUUCGUAAUUACUUUAUUGUGCAACGGGAACUUGUUUAAAACUUCGUUAAUCCACUCAAUGCCAGUAAAUGAUUAGGUUUGCAUCUAAAAACACAGAAAGGAAUCAAAUACAGGGGCUUAGCAGGUGCUAAAAGAGUUUGAAAGAGGCUACACUUGCACAUCCAUCUCUUCAGCGGGCUUUUGAAGAGCCGAACAUGCAAUACUAGGAAUUAUUGGAGGAUACAGGAGGCCUGCGUUGUCGUGCGAAAGGGGUCAGCCACGAAUAGUCCAUUUCAUAUGUAAUAGCACAGUACAUUACUGUCAUCAUAGGAAUGUUAUAUUCACGAUAAACAUCACAGAUCAUAUGGACAUCAAGGAGAAAGGGAACUGUACAUAAAAGGCUACAAGGAAAAAAAGGCGGUAGAGGAGAAUGAGAAGGACGAGGGUUAAAAAGAGAGGAAGGCUGGUUACUUUACUCUUUUUUUUUCCCAUCGGUUUAGCUUGCUCUUCUGUCUUGUGUUGAUCUGAAAAGUACUAACUACAUAGCUAUAUCCUUUUCUUCAACUUUUCAUUAUGAAGACCAGUGUUUGUAUGUAUUACUAAUAUUUAGUCCUCAAAAACACGCGUGAGAGACCGACCUAAAGAUGUUGUGGUGUCUCUGAGCGUGUUUCUGCAACGGUCGCCUCCGCAUUACCGGUAUGUGUGCGUCUGUUCGGGCGGAACGUAAUCAUGGAAAUAUACCGAUCAAUAUACAAAUAUCAGUUAAAGUGCUUUUCCAGCCUAGCGCGUUUCAUAUUCUCAUGCUGUCGGCACUGUAGAGUACCGAACGGGAUGUGUUUUGUUUUCUUUUAUCGAGUGUCAUGGCAGUAUUUGAGAUUGUGAUGAAUCUUCUUCAGAUGUGAUGGGAUAGAUUCCCUCCAACAAGCACAGAAAAGGUGGAGAAGUUUUGUUUUAAUUGCUGCCGAUGAAAGCAAACCUAUUACAGUGUCCUAAGUGCAUUUCCUCCGUACAAGGGGCAGCUAUGUUUUUUUUUUUUUUUUUUUUUUUUUGCAGUCGAAGAAACAUUUCAUCAUAAACGAGGAAUGCCUGUUAUUUAGAUUUAUCAUCAUCAUUAUUUUCAUGCAUAUCUUGAUGUGUCCCAGCACUUUUCUGGAAUUUCAGUGCUUUGACCCCUUAAUUUUAUCAUCUUUUUAAAUGUCUUUGCAUCCCAGCUGCCUCUUUUCGAUGAUAAAGCUGCCCAGCGUCGUGUUAUUGAUCUUGUGAGAGUGACUGAUUGUAGUUUUCCCAUAACGUUUGAAAGAGAACAGAGUUAUUAUGUUGAUUCCAUAAUAUAGACAGUGGAAAGAAAAAAAAAAAGAUCCAUUUUGUGAAAUGGUACCAUAGUUCUGUUAAGCAAGAACAGGGUCAUUUACAGAAAGAACGUGUGCAAGAGUGAGACGUGGGAGGAGGAAAAAAAAUGUUUGUUUGGUAGCCUUUUUUUUUUAUCAGAGAGGAAGAUGUUUGAGUAUCUUCCCUUUGUUUCUAUUUUCCUCUGUCACAACCUAUUUUCUUGUUGAUCUCGUUGAGAUCUUUUGAAUGUUAUCAAACUUGUUUUGAAGUUUAUGGUUAGAGGUUAAAGCCCAUUGUGUCAAAAACUGUUCUCACCUAUGAAACGAACACAAAAUUUUGAUAUUUUCAUUUCCAUUUUUUUAAAUUGCGCUCCCAUUUCUCUUGGCCAGUUUCAAAUCUUUGGAGCUUCUUCAAUAGCGUUAGCUGCAUAUUCUAGUUGUUUUAUUUCUAAAGUGAUUUUAUUUGCAUUUGUUAAAAUUUGAAGGUGAUUCUGAGCUGCUAAAAAAAAAAAAAAAAAAAAAAAAAAAAACAGAUGGAACAACAACAAUUGACUGUUGCUGCAGUGACAAUAUCAGAGAACAGGUGAAAAAUAUUCUUUCUGCAUAUUAUUAGCUGUAAAAUUAUUUGUAUUUAUUGUGUACAAAUGUUAAAUAAAAAAUUGGGGAAAGUG